AUGGCCGGCAAAAAAGGCAAGGAGGAGAGCAAGGGAGCGAAAGCCGAUGCCAAAGGGGGCAAAGGGAAGGAGUCGGCCGAGGGCAAAGGGAAGAAGGGGAAGAAGGAUGAGGUCAAUGAGCCGGAGGAGCCGAAGAGGAGCCUGAAAAGCACGUCCAAGCUCUUCCUGGGUUUCAAGAAGAAGGGGCCGAAGCCCUCCAAGAAGGGCCAGUUCAAAAACGCCUCCCGGUUCUUCUGGGGGCUGAACAAAAGCAGCACGAAGAAGAGGAGGAAGGCCAAGAACAAGGCGGUGCUGAAAUCCACCUCCAACCUGAUGGUGCGUUUUAAGGGCCUGGGGAAGAAGCAGAAAGAAGAACCUGGCAGCAGCCCAAAGAAACCUUCCUACCUGCUGAUUAAGCUGGGAGGGAAAGCUGAGGAGGGCAAAUUCAAGCCCCGAGCUCAGAUCCUGAGCAAAGUGUCCGCCGCCACUAGCUGGCUGACCAGAAAGUUCCUCUUCAAGCAGGACGACCGGCUUUCCUACCAGGAGAGGUCCGCCAAGCAGCUCCGCCUGUCUCGCAUCGGAGCCAAGAAGCUCCCCAUCACCUCCGAAGAAGAGCUCGCGAGGCACCGGGCCAGCCUGCACAGUUUUUCGGGAGGGCAGAGUCUCUCUGGGCCCGGGGGAGAGCACUACGGUGACCAGCCAGGUUUGGGACAAGGCGGGCUCGGCCGGCCGCCCUCCAAGCACUACAUGCAUUGCGGGGCGAGCGGGUACGAGGACUUCCCAGAGCCCUCGCCAUACCACGGCUACCGCCAAGGAGCAGGCGGCUCCUACAGCCCCCCGGUGCCGUAUGGCUACCCAGAGGAGGAGAGCUACUUCCAGGCACCGGGCAGCUACGGGGACAGGUAUGGAGGGGCCUCGAAUUUUGAGACCUACCCAGAUGAGGAGGUGGAAGAUGAGUACGGGCUGUGCACGCAAGGCGGGGAGUAUUACGACGACCCCCUGCAGAACCAGUAUGGCUACGACGAGUAUGAAGACCAGAGCGCCCCGGCCCCGGCCCGCUACUCCCUGUACGAGCCCUACGACCACUACGGGGGUGACGUGGACUACUACGAGGACCAGACGGGGCUGGACGGCUACUACGAGGACCAGUACGGUGCCCCCAGUGGGCUUUACAGCCCGGGGGCCGAGGAAGUGGGGUACCCGGACGACGACUACCCUCCGCGUGAAAUGGGUUACGAUGACUAUGCGUGGGCGCCUCACGCUCAGGCUUCCUACAACCCUUACGCCUACCCCUUGGACGACAUCCUGGAGAUGGAGGAGCUGGAGGAGGCGGAGAAUGGGAACGGGGAUUAUCCCUUCUUCGACGAGCAGGGCCCCGAGGACGCGCUGCCCUCCCAGCUGCCAUUGAACAGGCAGCUCCGGCUCUUCCCCAGGCCGCAGGUGAAGCUGUUUGGCCAAGACAAGCUGGACGUCACCCUCCCUCCGUCCCCACACCUGCAGCAAGAGGAGGACGACUACAACCCCUAUGAGCCACGUGCCUCGCCGUUCGGCCCAUUCGGGGGCCAACCAGGCAGCUUGCAGGGCACGCAGGCUCCCGAUGCGCCGGCCAGGCAAUACGGGAGCAGCCCCCUGGGCCAAUUCUUACUGAAGUCCCUCUCCCAGCCGAAACCCAUCCUAAAGCACCGGUUGCCUGAGGCGAAGGAGAGGCCCCCCACGCCAGCUCCCUUCCGGCGGGUGGUCUCCUCGCUGUUCUCUCAGAGGCAGGCGCCGUCCCCGCAGCCCUCGGCCAGAACGAGCGCCACGUCUUCCCCCAAGCCGGGCCAGUCGCCGUCGGCUCAGCUCUCGGUGAGGCGGUUCGACAUCCCCCAGGACGACCCACCGUCACCGCGCAGGGAGCCAGCCUACAAGCGGUUUGGCCACAAACUGGCCGGCAUGGGGGCCUUGGACCCGCCGCUGAGAAAAUUUGGGCACAGCAAUAAUAACAACUCCCAGCGGCUUUCCCCGCAGCCUGCCCGGCGGAGCGAGGCACGCUCCCCGUCGCCAGAGUCCAGCUCCAGGACGCAGCCGGGACCCCGCGGUCCCCCUCCAUCCCUGCGCUCCCUUGUGCGGACCGCGGGCUCCUCUGCUGCCCCUUCUCCCUCGUUGAGCGGGGCAAUGCCGAUGGGGGCCAGAGACAAGGCGUCCUCCUUCUGCGCCUUGUGGGGGCCCAACCCCACCGGCACCGGGCCCCCGGCACGGAGAGACUCCACCUUCCCGUCCGCGUCAGCUCAUGACCGUUUCAUGAGCCAGCGUGUCUCCUCCCCGCGGCCUGCGCCGAGGCAUGCCAGCAGCCUGCGGCGCAACGGGCAGGCGCCACUCAAAACCGGCUUGCUGCGUUUCGCCACGGACGCGCUCAGCUCGGGCUUCCCGGUUACCUCCGCUCCGUCUCGCCUGCGCCAACGGCAGUCCGGGUCCUUUCCUGCCGCGGGAAGGAGCAUGAGCCACGCGUCGCUGCUCCCCCAAGCGUGGAACAGGCAGACGGAGCCCCCCACCAAGGCGGUGAAGCCCGUCAUAAGGAGCCAGUUCAUGAAGCAGCUGGGUCGCCCACCCGGCUCCCUGUCUCCCCGGGAGCUUGGCAGGACCCCCUCCCCGCAGAUGCUGGCGGGUCAAGGCGGCCGGCACGUUACCAUCCAGGAGGCUCCCAAGUCAGCCCACGCGUGGGUGCCCGCUGUCCUGGAAGACUACGGGCCCACCGGCAGCAAGGCCUCCGUGCGGGAUGGAGAGGUGGUCCCGAGGGCCUGGGACGUGCUGCGGGCAGCCGACGCGGACCCCACCACGCACAACCCCUUUCUGCAGCAGGACGGGCAGCCCCGGGUGAGCCGGGGUGCAGAGCCCAGCGGCUCGGCAGGCAGUGGGAACCCCUUCGUGAAGCGGUUUGGGCAGCCGGGUGCCAGCUCCCCUCGGCACUUGAGGUGUCCCCCCACGCAGGGACCCUCUCAGAAGCCAGCGUCCCCCACACCAUCGCCCAGGCACGGUCAAGCCUUCAGUUGGGCCCCCUCCGUGCCAGAGGACUACGAGCCGCCGGGCGUGUACGUGAACGAGGACCUGCUGACAGACGAGGGUGCGGGGCGGUACGCGGUGGUGACGCCGCAGAUCCAGCGGCUGAGCUCCUUCCAGCGGGCUUCUCACCGCUACAAGCAGCACUGGUCCAACCAGCACACGGUGCACAUCCGCGAGAUGCCCAGCGUCUGGUGCUCGGAGAGCGGCGUCCGCCACCUGCCCGUAACCACUUGUCUCACUGUCCAUGCACAGAUGCACGCUAUCCGCCACCUGCCCUACCUGUUCCGGGAGUGCCGGGAAGAGGAUGGUGUGGAGGACAUGACACAGCUGGAGGACCUGCAGGAGUUCGUGGUGCUGUAUAACAUCAGGAAGAGGUUUGAGCACGAGCUGAUCUACACCUAUAUUGGAAGCAUCCUGGUGUCCGUGAACCCCUACAAGAUGUACAACAUCUACGGGACGGACCAGGUGCUGCAGUAUGAAGGGAAGGCACUGGGCGAGAACCCGCCGCAUCUCUUUGCUAUUGCAAACGUCGCCUACAGCAAAGUGAUGGAUGCCAAACGCAACCAGUGUAUUAUCAUCAGUGGUGAAAGUGGCUCAGGCAAAACAGAAGCCACCAAGCUGAUCCUGCGUUACCUGGCCGCUGUCAACAAGAAGCGCAGCGCAACACAGCAGAUAAAGAUCCUGGAAGCGACGCCCUUGCUGGAAUCCUUCGGAAAUGCCAAAACCGUGAGGAACGACAACUCCAGCAGGUUUGGGAAAUUUGUGGAAAUCUUUCUGGAGGACGGCUUUAUCUGUGGUGCCAUAACCUCGCAGUACCUUCUUGAGAAAUCAAGGAUUGUGUUUCAGGCCAAAGACGAAAGGAACUAUCACAUAUUCUACGAGAUGCUGGCCGGCCUUCCUUCCCAGCAGAAGCAGCGAUUCUUCCUGCAGGAAGCAGAAACGUACUACUAUCUGAACCAGGGAGGUAACUGCGAGAUCUUUGGCAAGAACGAUGCCGAGGAUUUCCGGCGGUUGGUGACGUCCAUGGAGAACCUGAACUUCAGCAUCGAGGACCAGAACAGCAUCUUCCGCAUCCUGUCUUCCAUCCUCCACCUGGGGAACGUCUACUUUGAGAAAUACGAGACGGACUGCCAGGAGGUCGCGUCGGUCGUGAGCGCGAAGGAGAUCCUCACAGUGGCCGAGCUGCUGCAAGUCUCGCCGGAGGGGUUGGAGAGAGCCAUCACCUUCAAAGUGACGGAGACGCUGAGGGAGAAGAUUUACACCCCGCUCACUGUCGAAAGUGCUGUUGAUGCCAGAGACGCCAUUGCCAAGAUAUUGUACUCCCUGCUCUUCAGCUGGCUUACAGACAGGACCAACAAGCUGGUCUACCCCAAGCAGGAGGCUCUCUCCAUUGCCAUCCUGGAUAUCUACGGGUUUGAGGAUCUCAACUUCAACAGCUUCGAGCAGCUGUGCAUCAAUUAUGCAAACGAGUAUCUGCAGUUCUUCUUCAACAAGAUCGUCUUCAAGGAGGAGCAGGAGGAGUAUAUCCGGGAGCAGCUGGAGUGGAGGGAGAUCUCCUUCAAUGACAACCAGCCCUGCAUUGACCUCAUCGCCCAGAAGCCCCACGGGAUUCUCCGGAUCCUGGAUGACCAGUGCUCUUUCCCUCAGUCCACAGACCACACCUUCCUCCAGAAGUGUCACUACCACCAUGGCUCCAAUGACUUGUACAUCAAGCCAAAGAUGCCUCUCCCUGAAUUCACCAUCCGACACUACGCUGGCAAAGUAACGUACCAGGUGCACAAGUUCCUGGAUAAAAACUACGAUCACGUUCGCCAGGAAGUCCUGGACCUUUUCAUCAACAGCAGAACCAAAGUGGUGGCCAACCUGUUCUUCGGCUAUGCCCAGCUGCUGGCGCAGCAGCAGACAGUGGUGGGGAAGAACAGCACAGUCACGCGGCGCUAUAAGGCCCCGACAGUGGCGGCAAAGUUCCAGCAGUCGCUCCUGCACCUGGUGGAGAAGAUGGAGAGGUGCAACCCUUUCUUCAUCCGCUGCAUCAAGCCCAAUGACAAGAAGGAGCCGGGGCUCUUCGAGGCAGACAUCGUCAGCAGCCAGCUGCGGUACUCUGGGCUCCUGGAGACCAUUCGCAUCCGCAAAGAGGGCUUCCCGGUCCGCAUCCCCUUCCAGGUCUUCAUCCAGAGGUACCGGUGCCUCCUGGAAGUCCCGCACAACAUCACUCCCCACGGGGCCAACUGCGUGGAAAUCCUGAGGCAGCUGUGUGCCCUGCGCCCCAGCAUGUACUGCAUCGGCAUCAGCAAG